AUGGUGCAAGUAAUUGAGACUAAGGAGGCGUUUGACAAAUUUCUUUCAGACGCAAAGGAUAAAUUAGUAGUAUUUGAUUUUUUCGCUACCUGGUGUCAACCGUGUAAACUUAUUGGGCCUAUUUUUGAGAAAAUGAGCGAAAGCGAUGAAUAUAAGGACGUGGUCUUUGCUAAAAUUGAUGUUGAUGAGAAUGAGGAGACCGCCGAAUUCGUUGGUAUAAGAGCGAUGCCGACGUUUGCUUUUUAUAAGAACGGCUCUAAGAUUGACGAAGUUAGUGGCGCUGCAGAAGAUCGAUUGCGUAGCAAGAUUCAGCUUCAUAUGUAG